AUGUCUGAGAGGACGAAAAGAGAUGAUGAGCCACUCAGCGACAUCUCGGAUGAAGAUCGCUACUUUAUAGAGCAGCGCGAUCUGGUAUUGCAAGACAUUGGACAAACUAUGGACUCGAUACUAAACAACUUGAACGGACUGAAUAUCUCGCUAGAGAACUUCAUUGCGGUUGGAAAAGAGUUUGAAAGUGUAUCCGAUUUGUGGAGCAAGUUCUACGCAGGCGUGUCGAGUGCGGAAAUUCCAGAUGUCGAGGGCAACGUACAAGAGCAGGCAAUGGAGAGCCAAGAGGAGUUGUAA